AUGCUGUGCUGUCCAGAACUCCAGAUGCUCCCGCUCCGUCGCCCAGCCUCCCUCGCCGCCCGCCGCCUCCUCCGCGACAACCAGCGCAUCAGCGCCCUCGCCCGCGCGGGCGAUGUCGCCGCAGCGCGCCGGGUGUUCGACUCCAUGCCCCACCGUGACGUCGUCUCCUGGAACGCGCUCCUCACCGCGCUCUGGCGCGCCGGCCGCCACCACCUCCCAGCCGCUCGCCGCCUCUUCGACGAGGCCAUGCCUUCCCGCGACGUCGUCUCCUGGAACUCAAUCAUCGCCGGCUGCCUCGCGCACGGGGAUUUGGACGCCGCCUCCGCCUACUUCGCCUGCGCCCCGAAGCGCAACGAGGCCACGUGGAACGCCAUGCUCGCGGGGCUCCUCCGGCUCGGCCGAGCGGAUGACGCCGACAGGCUGUUCGGAGAAAUGCCCAAGAGGAACGUGGUGUCGUACACAACCAUGGUAGACGGGCUCGCGCGGCGCGGGGAUGUGGAGAGCGCUAGGAGGCUGUUUGAUGGGAUUCGUGCCAAGGAUGUCAUCUCCUGGAAUGCCAUGAUCGCUGGAUAUGUUCACAAUGGACACGGGGAAGAAGCCAUGAGAUUGCAUGCUGUAAUGUUCAGAGAAGAUGUAAAACCAGAUCAUGCGACUCUUAUUGCAGUCCUGACAGCCUGUUCUGCUCUUGCUUUGCUCAGACAAGGAAAAUCCACACAUGCUAUUGCCAUCAAAGCAAUGCUAGAAUCUGGCGUCUCUUUUUCUAAUGCCUUGAUGACAAUGUACAGUAAAUGCGGUAAUGUGGGUGAGUCAGAGUUAGUCUUCAUCAAUCUCAGAACCAAGGAUAUUGUUUCUUGGAACACAAUAAUUGCUGCAUAUGCACAACAUGGUAAAUAUCAGAAAGUUAUAGCCCUGUUCCAUGAGAUGGAAGUGACUGGACUUAUUCCCGAUGAUAUCACCUUCCUUAGUGUGUUAUCGGCAUGCGGGCAUGUUGGCAUGGUGGAUGCCAGCUUGAAAUUGUUUGAUCUGAUGUCAUCUAAAUACGCCAUAUCCCCAAGAGCUGAACACUAUGCUUGUAUUGUGGAUAUAUUGAGCCGAGCAGGACAAUUGGAGAAAGCUUCUAGUUAUAUAAAAGAUAUGCCAUUAGAAGCUGAGAAAAAUGUAUGGGGUUCUUUGCUUGGAGCAUGUCAGAUACAUGGUAACGUGCAGCUCGGUGAACUUGCUGCUAAGAUGCUUGUUCAGUCAGACUCUGAAAGUUCAGGUCCUUAUGUGAUUCUUUCGAAUAUAUAUGCUGCUGCUGGCAUGUGGGGUCAAGUCAAUCAAGUAAGAGGUCAGAUGAAAGAAAGAGGUGUGAAGAAACAACCUGGAUACAGCUGGACUGAGAUUGCAAAUGAAGUUCAUAUGUUUGUGGGUGGAGAUGCAUCUCAUCCAGAGAUGAGAAAGAUCAUAUCUGAGCUGAGAAAAAUCAGCUUUCAUAUGCGAAUGGUCACCAAUGAAGCUCAUAUAAUGAUUUUCCUUGCUAACAAGAGUGAGCCAAUGCUGCUCACCGUCAUGGGCAAGGUUAUGCUUGCCUGGCAAAGCUAG